AUGGCUGCCCCCAAUUGGACGGGAUUACCGGCCCUAGCCCUUGAAAAUAUCUUCUCAUAUUUAGACAUCGAGGACCUACGGAAUUGUUCUCUGGUGUGCAAGACCUGGUACAAGACUCUCAACGACGAAAACAAUGACGUUUGGCGUUUACACUGCGUUCGAAAGCUGGCGGAAGAGGCUUUAAAGUCUGACCUUCUUAGCAACGUCCCAACUUACAAAGCAAAACUGAGGGCAUUUUAUCACGCGUGGAACCCAAAUGAUUGCUCGAGAAACGUUUAUAUUAAACCCAACGGCUUUACGCUACAUCGGAACCCCGUGGCGCAAAGCUCAGACGGUGCUCGGGGAAAAAUCGGAUUUAGGCACGGUAGACAUUGUUGGGAAAUAUGGUGGGAAGGUCCACUUGGGACGGUUGCGGUUAUCGGAAUAGCCACCAAAAAAGCCAGCGUCCAGUGUCACGGUUAUGUCCCCCUAUUGGGAGGGGAUGACCAGAGCUGGGGCUGGAAUCUAGUGGACAAUGAUUUAUUGCACAAUGGCGACAGUCAGGGCAACUUCCCUCACGUGAAUAAUGCACCUAAAUAUCAGGUAGGAGAAAGGAUACGAGUUAUACUAGAUUGUGAAGACAACACCAUAGCAUUUGAAAAGAAUUAUGAAUUUUUAGGUGUAGCUUUUAGAGGACUACCGAGUCAGGAAUUGUAUCCGGCGGUAUCAGCAGUGUACGGGAACACAGAGGUGUCGAUGGUUUACUUAGGACAACCACUAGACGGAUAACACAUGCUGAACACAAAGAAAAACUUUGAUUAGGAAUUGUAGUGCCAUUUCUUACUGAAAUGGUAGAUGUUGAAGUGCAUGGCAUGUUACUCAAAGAUAGGUGGCACAUGUUCGCAAGACAGGCCACACUGCAUGUGUGUCUCUAAAGUAGGUGGACGUUGUCACAAGACAGGCCACAUUGCUAGGAAAAUGAACUGUGACUGUUGUGGAUGUUGUACAGAUGUGUGUUUAGGUUUUUUGUCCAGUAGGUGGCAGUCACACUCAAACCGAGCCGUUUUGGAAGUCUUAUGCUAAGGAAGGAUGCAAGUACGAGUACUGUAGAUGGCAGUCAUAUUCAAGACAAGCUGUUUGGGUAGGAUUAUGUGUUUGUGAUUGGCAUAUAUAUAUAUAUACAUGAGAUAUAUAAGAUUUAGCUGGGUUUUAGCUCAGACAGUGAAAGUCACACUUGGUGUUAGGUGUGUUGGCAGAAUCUAGUGUUUGAAAUGGUUCUGUACAGAAAUGAAUGGGCGAUGUCCAAAGUCACCACUCAUCAGACAUUGAGAGACAUUUACCUUUAGGAGAGGUAUUCAGUUCCACAAAAAUAAAAAUACCAGGGAUGGGAGAAUUUCUUCCUUUUUAUGAAGAAAAGAAAACCAAACAAGAUACUCUCUUUUGGGAAACACAUUCAAAAGUAGAAUCACAGUGGAGGAAGUACAGUGCAAUUCUAAUUCAAAGCUGUUCUGUAGUCAGCAAUUUCAAAAGGGGGGGAAGUGGAAUGGUGUUUGUUUUUCUGAAAAUGUGGACCUCAGAGCAGUUGAUUUGAACACCCCUAAUUUCCUAUGGGCUUGAGAAUAUUUGAAAGUUGCAUGGUUUGAAAUAAAAGGCAGUGAUGAGAACUUUGUGUAGAGAAAACGAGGCAGACCAUCAUUUGAAUAAUAAGUACUGACAAUAUGUACACUGCAGGGUUUAAAGGCAUCUAAAAUUUCAGUGUUUGUUUUUAAUCAACAUUUUAUAGAACUUAAUGUUUGGUGUGUAUCAAGAAUAUUCAUGUAUAAAAAUCAAGUUCUGGAACUUGUGUUGUAAAAAUUCAAGGAGAUUUGGUCAUCGAUUUACAGGGGGUCCAACCCAGGCCCAAUCAAAGAAAACCAAAAAUCUUGCAAGCCAUCCGUCUGCCUUUGGAAAUAUAAGCUGUCUUAUGAAGCUAUUGGUCGUCCAAAUGGCAGCUGGGAAGGCCUUGCUUGUCAUCGAUUUUUACCACUGAAGUUUCACUGUUUGAUUUAUGUACUGGUAGAUUCUUGAUUGUAAUUCCACUGUAUACGUCAAAGCAUUCACUCAUUAAUGGAGUAUAUCAAUAUCAUAGUUAACAUAAAUUUCAAAGUAGAAGUUGUCUUUAAACACAGUUUCUUCAUAACGUGUUCUCUUUGAUUUUGCAUCAUGUUUGGCUACCCUGCAUAUGAAUCUGUUCACAAGUUUCAUAUUUGCAUUAGCUAUGUUUUCAUCAUGUUAAAUAUUAAAUAUUUAAAAAAAAUGUCAAUUUGAGGUCCUUUCACUCUAGUUGAUAAUACUUGAUAAUUAAUCUGAUUUGGGGAGAAAUUUGGUAUUGUGUAAUUGUCAUAUUUUAUAGACUACAAAACAGGCAUGCUUUGUUGUCACAGUUGUAUUGGCAAUACUGUAAAAUUAAUGUGUUUAUCAAGACUCUAGGGUAGCGCUUACACUUGCUGAUUUAGCCAAAUUCUAAAACUGAAUUAAGUUGGCUAAACAAAAACUAGUUGAUGUGACUUGUUUUAGUCAAAUUAAAACCAUAUGGAGAAAAUCAUGUGAAAAAAUAUAUGAAAAAGUAGAGAUUUGGCUAAGAGAAAAAAAAGGGCCAGCACUACCCCAGCAGGUGGUCAGUUCAACUGUAUGGAAGAAGAAAGCACACACUGUAUCUGCCAAGUGGUCACUUCAACUGUGUUCAAGGCCAUGUCAUUAUUGUUGGACCUUUUUAUAGCAAAAUGUCAAAAAAAAAAAAGUUCUCUAAAUGUCAAAAGGUUUCCCCUUGCCACCAAUGAACGGCGCACCCAAAUCCAUGGAGAAAAUCAAGGUCAAAUGACUUGGGUUUUAAGUUUCUUAUUUUUGAACCACUCCUGUUAUUGAUACUGGAGACUGGGUGAUUUCACUUGAAAUUAAAUAGUUACUAAGAAAUUGAAGAGGGAUUUAUAAAUCCUUAUUUUCUCAACAGAUUUGGAUUAUAUGAUAUUAUGCCUUUAAGCUGAUGAAAAUUGAUGAAAACUCAUUUUUUUCUGCUAUUUGAAGGUCUUAUGCAUGUUGUUAACAUUUUACAUAUAAAAGUUAGAACAUCAGUCCACAUCCAGUGACACUAUUGAUAUAAAUUAUAUAUAUUAUCUGCGAUUGGAACUUUAUUAGAAAGUUUUAUUGUUAGGCCAUACAAGAUAGUUGAGUUGGUUAAUUAAUAAGGCAGACCAAAAAUAAAUAAAAAAAUCAGUUUUUUUUUUUUUUUUUUUGCAUCAAGCAUUGGCUUGGUAAGCUGGGGAAUAUACUAGAGACUCAGAAAAGAAUUUAAAUGCUGUUGUUUUCAUGUUAAUAAAAGCACUCACAGUGCUAGAUCUAUGCUUAUAAAACAACUUAAAAAAAAAAAAAACAAAUAAUAAUAAUAAUAAAUGUCACCUACCAUCCCUGUUUACAAAAAGACCCUGCUCAUUAACCAACUUAUCAAUAUUGUAUAGCCUUCCAAUUACUUUAAUUUUUUUCAUCAUCAUUAUUGUAUACAUUUAUUUUAGCACAAUCUUAUUUUGGUCGAAUAUGUUAAUUAAGUUGUAUUUGCCAAUAUGAUGGGUGGAUUUUAUCAGGUGAGAGUACUUCAAACCCACGCCCAAUAUUCUCCAGUGUAUAUUAGUUAUAUAUAAAUGAUUUUUUUCUGGCUGUUAACUGAUCCACGAAAACCUCUCUCAUGAAAUCGACUGCACACUGUCAUAUGUCUUCACGCUGCUGUAUUUUUCACAAUUAUUGAGUAUUUUAGUCUGUAUAUUUGAAUGUGACUACUUAUUCAUUCAUUCAUUCUUUGGAUUGAUGCCUCAGUCCGUGUACUGUGGAGGAUCAAUAAAUGAGCUCUUU